GCAGUUCCAAUUGAAUUUUGAGCUGAAAUGACCCGUUUCUUGGAGAAGCGUCAUAAGAAAAAGAAGGCAACAAACAAGGAAAGGAUACUUUCGUAUAAGCCAAUUCAUGCUAUUGAACAAGAAAACUCUUUCCGUUCUAGUCGUUGUUCCAACCAAACGGUCGAAGUUUCUGCCGUUGAAGAUAGCCGCUCCGCACUAGUUGGUUUCUUUGAAAGUAAUGAGCCUUCUGAGAGUGUGACGCUGAAAGGCAAAAGAGAAAGACAAGUACGAUUUGCUGAUAAGACGAACACUGUGGGACUUUUGAAAGAAAGCUUAGAAGAAAAGUUACUGGCUUCAAAAACUUUAAUAAGUCAACUCAAGGAAGAAAACUGCCGACUAAAAGAAAGGCUGAACGAAGUGAAAGACCAACUUGAGUUAAAAGAGAAAAUUGCUCUUGUCCAACAAGAGAAUAACGAUCUGGAAGCAGAAGUAUUAGAAUGGAAGGCAAAAUUCUAUGAAAGCGAAAGUGAAAAGGAACGAAUACUGGCUAGUCGGAGUAGACCCAAAGACGGUUAUGAGAUAGUACAGGAAAGUCUAGCUCAACAGCCAGGCACUACAUCUUUCUAUGACUAUAAGUUUCGUCAGCUAGUUCACAAGUUGACCAGAAUGAAUGCGAUUCACAGCAAACACAACGAUAAAGAAUAUCACAAAUGUGAUAUCGUAAAUGAGUCUAAAGAUAGGUCCAUUACAUUUGAGUUAUUUAUUGACGAGGAACAAGAAGAAAUUGAAUACGUUCCUGUUCAACUGAAUGGUGUUUCUCAGAAACUGCCUUCCUAUUUGCAAGACAAUAUUUCCUUUGAUGUACAAAAUGCACCUAUCUUCUUUACAAAGAUUAUGCAUUCUUUAUUUUCCAAGUAAAAGACAUGACCCCGUAUAUGUAUGCUUUUGAACU